AUGAAGGGGCAUCUCCCACCAGAGAUCGCGGGGCGUAUCCAAGUCGUCGUUGCUGGCGAGCCCGUAGUUGACCGUCGUCAGCCGUACGGAAUCCCGUAUAAGACUGUGCUGAAGGAGCAAGACGCUAAUCGUCGACGCCGUGUGAAGGCGUCCAAGGAUAGUGCGUCGCCAGAAGACGGCAGAAAGGACGAGGGGACGGCUAAGAAGGAUGCUGACGUUACACUAAUCAAGUGCGCUGUUGAAGGCGACCCUGGGGACUACCAUGAUAAUAGUGGCGGAACUGAGCUUGGAUGGCCGCGUAGUCAAGACCAUAAUCCUGGCGCGUGGUAUCAUUUCAACGGACGGCUGUACACCGUGCCGCAUUCGCCGUGCACGGAUGCAGAUACGGAGGAUAACGGUACUAGUAGUCGGUGCCUAACUGAAUCGGAAUGCUCCGCGUCCGAGGCGGAUGAGUGGGUGGCGUCUGACGACGACGUAGUGACCGAUUCAGACAACGAUCGUCCUUCUUUCUCCCACGCAUGCCCUCCAGGCACACCCAACGGCACCGAGGCCGCAGGCGAAAUCAAGGCGCGAAAGCGCCCAGGAACAAGGAAGAGUACCACAAAAGACGCUCCCGAUCCAAUGUCGACUGUUCGGCGAGUGGUCCCGCACAAGAACCGGACCUCCGCGCGUACAAGGGACUUCAUCACGAUGUAUGCUGACACGGGGGUGGACAAUUUGAGCGAAAGCGCUUUACGCGCCGCUAUGCUGAAGGGGGAGCGGCUAUCCCUGGUGGACGUGGAUGUUGGAGAAACAGCUGAGGAUCCUGUUGAGGAGGAGGACGGAGAAGGUCCCAUGGAGCAAGUUACGACGCACCUGCUGGGGGACGAGUGGGCAUGGCUGGAAGAUGUUGACACCGCAACUGAAGUAGGGAAAAGCCCGCCCGGUCCCAGGCAGUCCAAGAAUGGGAUCGGUCAGACGCAUACGGCAAUCGCAGGCCCUGUGAUGUCUGCGACAGGGGCGGGCGCAUCUAAGCCGGUCGUCAAUCCAUCUAAACCCCUGCCCAUCCCACCCGUUGCACUGUCUGAACCCUCACGUAACAUUGUUGCUUCUCGUGACCAAGUGCAGGCUAGGCCGUCACAUCCGGGUAGUGCAAUGGAUCAUGCGGCAUUCUGCUCUCCUGGGAGAGCUCCUUUCAGUUCUCCCCGGUCUGUCCCUAUAAGCUCACCACCGUCACAGGGCCCGGCAAACUACACCCCGGUUCGGCGCGUGGAAGCUUCACCUGCCCGAGAGUCCGGCGCAUCUGCAUCGCACGGAGGUGGGAAAGGAGAUGAGGAGCGAGAUGUGCGCGGGGCGACACCUGAGACUCGGCGGGUUGCAGAGCUGGAGGAGGAGAUGCGUGAACUCAAGCAAAUGGUGGCGCAGAUGAGAGGCACCCGCGGAACGCACCAGAUGGAAGCGGACAAGGAGCCCGCGUCAACCAGUGCGGAGUACGUGACACCGAAGAAGGAGCCGACGUCGGGCAAAUCCGUACCAUUGCCUACCGUGUCGCACCCGCUCACGCCGCCGGGAAUGCCUGCAGAUACGGCCCCGCAUAAGACGGAGGUGAAGCCGUCGUAUCGCGGAGCAGCUGGUGGGCGGACCAAGACUCCUGGGGCGUCAGAUGAAGCACUUGAGGUCCCCUUACCUGCCAAUCCCCUGCUGUAUGACCCUCUGGCUGAUUCACCCGCGGAAGCGUCGGACCACAAUGUCGCAACGCGUGGCUUGACGAAGGAACCGCAUGAUAGACCGCUAAAGAGGAUGCUAUUCAACAACCCGCUAACCCCUUCUCUCAGGACUGGGGUUCCCCCCAGGCAGGAAGGUGCGGCGGGCGGUGCAAGUCGUGGAUUGGGGGCGCACGGCGAAUGCGCAGGCGACCCGCGGGUGAGCGCUCAUGGCGGACCUGCAGUGGGCGCCCUCGUGCGAAGUGGCGGGAAACGUGACAGGGGCGACGAUACGGCGGUGUACAUCGUGGUGGACUACGACCCUGACACACGGGUAGCCGGUCUUCCUAGAGGGAUGCCAUCGGAUGAGCAUAUCCAUGAGUACGCAAAGCACGCGUGGGAGCUGAUGGUGCGCCACACCCGGGCAAAGGCGGUCACAUACUUCCCGAAGAACGGCGUACGGAACAAGGCCCUUCGCCUAUCCCUGCGGCGACACUACGACGUGGUGGCUAUCGACAUCAGGGUGGCUAUGGGGAAGACGAAAUACAGUGGCAAGGUCGGCAAGGUGUUCUCGAAAUUCUGGAAUGAAUCAUCUACGGAAGCGCGACAUGUCAUCCUCACCGCGCUUGAGAUCGAUGCCGGUGGCCCGUACAAGCAGGAGAUCCACCCCGUCAAGAAGGCCUCACUCUGGCGGUCAUAUGGUCCGAGGAUGCACGCAGGAUUUCUGAUCUCCUUCUGGAGUCACGCUGAAAGGGACCGGAGGCCCUUCACCAAUGCGCUCUUCAUGAAUGCGUGUCUCGCGGCAUACCCAGAGUGGGAGCGCGGGACUUGUCUUGUGCUUGUGCCCUAUCACAUCGCAUGGGUCAUGAUGUCG